AUGAGUCCAAAUACUACAGAUGACACCGUUUAUAACAGAGAUGAGUCCAAAUACUACAGGGGUAGUGCAUUACAGAAACGACUGAGAGACCGUGAGAAGGAGACGGAGCUGGAUGAUAGAGACCGGAAGAGGGAGAAGGAGGAGCAUGAUCAGAUCAGACAGAGAUUGUUAGCUGAGGGACACCCAGACCCUGAGGCCGAGCUGCAGAGGAUGGAGGAGGAGGCAGAGCGGAGGCGGCAGCCCCCAGUGAAGCCGGAGGAGGAGGUGCAGCAGGAGAAACCACACAGGGAGAGGGAGCACAGGGAGCACCGAGAGAGGGAGCACCGAGAGAAGGAGCACCGAGAGAGGGAGCACCGAGAGAGGGAGCACCGAGAGAGGGAGAACCACAGGGACAGGAGAGGAGGAGGAGGAGGAGGAGGAGGUGCAGACAGGCCUCCUCCCGAACACCCUCAGUCCCAAUCAGACGACGACGUGGAGGAUGGAGAGGAGCUUGACGAUCGUGACGGAGACGACUCGUCAGACGCCAGGACACACCCACACCUCAAGCCCACACUGCGGCCAAUCACGUCGGCGCCCUCUGUGUCGUCAGGCAGCGGCGGCGCCACGCCCAACUCCCCUGGCAACGAGUCUCCAUGUGGCAUCAUCAUCCCUCAUGAGAACUCUCCAGACGCCCAGCCCACAGAUGAACACCGGCCCAGGAUUGGCCUCAGCCUCAAACUGGGAGCCGGCGCCAGCCCCAGCCAUCAGAUCCACACGGGGAGUAAACGUAAGAAGCUGGCCAACGUCGACAGCGUCUUCAACAAGUUCGGAGAGGAGGAGGCCGACGAGGCGCCUCGUAAACGUAAGCUGGUUCCGCUGGACUACGGUGAGGAUGAUAAGAGCUUGGGUCUGGACGGGGCCGAGGUACCUGGAGGGAAGGGAGGACAAAACACCGAGGAGAAACGGAAACACAUCAGGAGUCUCAUUGAGAAGAUCCCGACGGCCAGACCGGAUCUGUUCAACUACCCUCUGGACUGGACUGCUGUGGACUCGACUCUGAUGGACCGUCGCAUCAGACCGUGGAUCAACAAGAAGAUUAUAGAGUACAUCGGAGAGGAGGAAGCUACGCUAGUCGACUUUGUCUGUUCGAAGGUCAUGUCUCACGGCACACCGCAGGGGAUCUUGGAUGAUGUUGCCAUGGUUCUGGACGAGGAGGCCGAGGUGUUCAUAGUUAAAAUGUGGAGGCUGUUGAUCUACGAAACGGAGGCCAAGAAGAUUGGUCUGGGGAAAUGAAGACUAGUACUACUACAGUACUACUACAGUACUACUACAGUACUACUAUCUAGUACUACUACAGUACUACUAUCUAGUACUACUACAGUACUACUAUCUAGUACUACUACAGUACUACUAUCUAGUACUACUACAGUACUACUAUCUAGUACUACUACAGUACUACUAUCUAGUACUACUACAGUACUACUAUCUAGUACUACUACAGUACUACUAUCUAGUACUACUACAGUACUACUAUCUAGUACUACUACAGUACUACUAUCUAGUACUACUACAGUAUUACUGCUGUCAGGGACAGUUUUUUUCCCUCUGGCUUCAUGUGUCUUUAUGUCUCUGACUGAUCACAUGGACACCUCUCACUCACUAGGGUGUCGAGACUAUGAACAUGGGCCUGUUACCAGUCCUCAACCACCCUCUACCGCUCCCACACCCCCUCUACGCUCCCACACCCCCUCUCUACGCUCCCACACCCCCUCUCUACCGCUCCCACACCCCCUCUACGCUCCCACACCCCCUCUCUACGCUCCCACACCCCCUCUCUACGCUCCCACACCCCCUCUCUACGCUCCCA